GACCGCUUAGAGACCUCGGUACAACCUGAUUUCACUUUUCUGCCAACCAUCGCUCGACGAAAUAUCGAUUGAUUUUACUUCAAAAGUUAUUAAUAAUAAUGAACUAAUAAGGUGUAAAGUUUGUUCUGGCAAUCUGCGCUUUCUUUUCAGUGUAGCCUUCAUGCGACUGGAGCGGAUGGUUUAUUGAACGGCCCCUGUAUGGAUCUACCCUAUUUAUUUCUUUUUUUAGGAUACACACUUGACUUUGCAGGUUUUAAGGUAUUAGGUCAUCGAUGUAAAACGCAGGACUUCAGAGACACAUUUGACGGCAAAGCCUUGAAAGACCACGUAUUUAAGGCCGAGUGGGCCUCGAGCGAUGGACACUGCGAAAGCAAAUGUUUUAGUGAUGAUCGAUGUAUAUCGUACAACUWUGGCCAAGGCGCUAACAAACCUGGUACAGCUAUGUGGUGUGAAUUAAGCGAUUCAGAUCACGUGAUGCAUAAAAAUGACCUGGUUGAUCGAGAAAAGACGGUGUACAGACGCGCAGAGAACAACUGCAAAUGUCAAGCGUUCAAAGUGUGCAGGGUGAAUUGGUUGGAUGCGACUCAUCGCUGCGAGUGUAAACCAGGCUAUACUGGAGCAGAAUGUGAUAUGCCAAUAGCGAUUGAUGCAACAACAUCGCCAACAACAACUGCUACCGAUGCAACAACAUCGACUACAACAGCCACCGAUGCAGCAACAUCGCCAACAACUGAAAGUACAACGACAGCUGCAGGCGGUUCGUCAUACAAUUUCCUCUUUGUUAGUACUAAUGGCAUUGGUUGGUCUGGUGCGAUUAGUUCAUGUAAAUCGAAAGGCGGAAAUCUUCCGUCCAUACACAGCGCUGCAGACAACGUGAAGGUCAAGGAGCUUUACUCGAAAGCUAAUUCGUGGAUUUGGCUUGGAAUUAAGAAAGACUGGUCGGAUAAAUUAACCUGGAGCGAUGGCACAGCAGCCGACUACACGAACUGGGGUACAGGCAAGGAACCAGCAAAUGGACACUGCGGAUACAUGGAACACACCGGCAUAUGGGGUAGCAGUGACUGCGGACACAGCCAUAAGUAUGUUUGUGUCAACUAAUCAAUGUCUUUGUAAUGGAAAGCACGAUGUUAAUUAACGACUUAUAAAUAGACUUUUAGGUCACAACUUGAUUUUCAGUGCAUUGUGGGAUGAGUUUCUAAUGAACACAAAAGAAAUCCGCCAUGUUCUGUCCUAAAUAUAUUGUACAAUGCAUUGCGUAUACGCAGCAAGCGUAAAAGCUUCAGACGUCUAUUCACGUCUUUCCA